AUGAAAGCAGUGGAAUCUGGACAGCUGAAAUCAUCAAAGUGUGAAGAUUCCUUUACUACCCAAGGCUACUCCAAUUGGAAGAAUGCGACCACUGCAUUUAGGAAGCAUGACAUAAGUGAUUGCCAUAAGGAAGCAAUUGAUAUCCACACUCUUCCUGAGCAAUGUGAAGAUAUUGCACUCACUAUGCAGAGGUCAUUGAGCAAGAAAAGGCAAGUCAAUUGUAGGAUGUUGCAUGUUAUAAUUAGGUCAAUCAAGUAUCUUGCUUGGCAAGGCUUGGCACUUAGGGGUGAUAGCAGUGAUGAAGGGAAUUUUAUUCAGCUAUUAAAGCUUCAAAGUGAGACAGAUCCUGCCUUGCAAGCAUGGCUGACAAAAGAGCGUGAAAAGUACACGUCUGGAGAAAUUCAGAAUGCAAUUUUACGAAUCAUGGCCAAUUCCAUCCUUCGUAAAAUAUCAAAACAUGUGCAUGAUAAUGCUUACUAUGCGUUGAUGGCAGAUGAAGUAACAGAUUCCUCAAACCGUGAGCAGUUUGUCAUUUGCUUUCACUGGGUAGAUAGUGAUUCUUUUAGUGUUAAUGAGGACUUAAUUGGCUUCUAUCAAGUUGACAACAUCACUGCUUCCACAUUGUUUUCCUCACUAAAAGAUGUCUUACUUAGGCUGAUUAUUAGCAUUAGUAAAAGCUGUGCACAGUGUUAUGACGGUACAAGUAACAUGGUGGGUGUUCGAAGUGGCAUUGCCAGUCUAAUUCAGAGGGAGGAGCCUCGUGCUAUUUUAGUACAUUGCUAUGGCCAUUCUUUACAGCUUGCAGUUAGUGACACUGUCAAAAAAAUUAAGACAAUGGCCGAUGCUCUUGAUACAACAAAUGAAAUAUCAAAGUUGUUAAAGUACUCACCAAAACGUGACACACUUUAUGAAAAAAUGAAACAAGAACUUGCUCCCGAUACACCAGGCUUUCGUAGGUUGUGUCCAACUCAAUGGACAGUCCGAGCCAACUCUCUGCAGGGUGUGAUUGACAGCUGGUUGCCUCUUCGUGAGUUAUGGGAUGAGUGUCUCACACAAAGGUUAGAUUCUGAGGUAAAAUCUCAAAUAAUUGGCGUUAAACACCAGAUGAGCACUUUUGAGUAUUUCUUUGGUACUUCACUUGGAAUUUUACUUUUAAAGCAUAAUGACAACUUGUCCAAAACUCUCCAACACAGUUUCAUGUUGGCAUCUGAAGGUCAGUCAGUACCUGCUAUGACAGUUUCAACUCUUGAGCUAAUGAGGUCAGACGAACAGUUUGACAUGUUUUGGUCAAAAGUGACUAAAAAAGCCAAUGAGUUAGAACUAAGUGAGCCAGUGCUUCCAUGCAAACGAAAACGACCAGUUCGAUAUGAGGACGGUCAAGUUGAAGCCUACUAUCCAGACACACCUAAAUCUCUUUAUAAGGCUAUGUAUUUUAGAUCCUUAGAUGUUAUUAUCUCUUGCAUCAAAACUCGUUUUGACCACCCAGGGUACCAUAUUUUGCGCCAAUUAGAGAGCCUUCUACUCAAGGCAGUAAAUCAGGAGAGUUUCACAGAGAAAUUGGAGGCUGUGUCUUGCUUUUACAACAACGAGGUCGAUAAAGGACUUUUAGAAACUCACUUGAGCACUUUAUCAUCAUUUUUCCAUACCUCCCAAGCGGCUGCUAGGCCGGCCACUUUCAAUGACCAGAAGGAAUUCAUCGCUAAGCUUUCAAAAUCCCAAAAGUCCUUGAUUUCACAGGACAUUUUCCUAUACAGGAUGGUUCUUCUAGCUUCACCUACCAAUGCUGUUAGCGAACGCUCUUGUUCAGCUCUUCGAAGGACCAAAACAUGGCUCAGAACGACUAUGAACCAGGACAGACUAAAUUACUCUUUACUUCUGCACACGCACCAAACUUUGACCAAAUAG